CAUCUAGAUAGAUGUGGUUGGUCACUAUCCCUUUUUGGUUAAGAGAAAUAAAUAAAUAUUAAGUUAGUCAAAAUAAGUCAGACAUUUUGUUAUUUCACAACAGAUAUAGUCGUCUAAUUCGAGGCCAAAGCCAGUGGAUUUAUGCAAUUAUAACACAUAUUCUGAUGACGUAGUGCACACGGAAGUUUUUUUUUUUUUUUUUUUUUUAAACCAUUAGUUAGUAUAUCUUCUGCUGAUCAGUUGUUAAAAGUUGUUUUGAUCCCACACUGAAAGAUGUAUACCCACAGGCCACAACGCAAUCAUCAGGACUUUUAAAAGAUUUCCAACAGAAAUAAUCUUUUUUUGAAGUAACGUCUGUAUUAGACUCUAUAUAAGAUAAGAUAAUAAUAUAUUUGGGAAAAUGUAAUAAACAAGUCAAGUAAUGCACACUGGAGCGAAUCACACUCGACAGUCAACAGUCUCAGUGAGUCUGAGUACUGAGUAUUACAGCGGCUAGGCAACUGGUUCACAAAACAUAUGUGAUUUGUGAUGUUUUAACUGUCCAAUAGACUAGAAGAUUUGUAUUUAACUUCAAACACUCAUCUAUCCUGGAGUCUAUUGGACUCUUAGGGCACCAAGAAGUCUGGAGACAUGGUUUGAAACCACCAACUCAUGAAAACAUAAAAAUGAUUAAGAAGUUCCCGGUUGGAAGACUCAAAAUAAAGCAGGAUAGCUCAUAAUGGCAUCAGAAGAAAUUAUUCAGCUUAUGGGAUGUGUGAUCAGAUGGACAUGCCCUGGUGUGAAAGAUGAACAAUCCGGCAGUGGUGUUGUGUUGAUCCCACAGGAAGGGCUCAUUCUUGGUCAAGGCUCUUUACUGGCUAGCUUGUGUUUCUCAAAUAAAGCUCUGGCUUCCAGAAUUUAUAAAGGAGAAUUUAUUGGUAAAGAGUUUUUGGACAGCGUUAAAUUUGAAAUCAUGCUUGACAGCAGGUGGAACAAAGCCUCAUCUAACAAAAGACGCGCAAAGGAGAAAGUGUUUGAGCCUGAGCCUUUUCUAUCAUCAGAUAGUGUGUCUAGCUCAUUUCCUAGAAUAUAUUCUUGCCAGUGUUUAGCAGCUUAUAGGAAUGCUGCAUUUCACUCUGUUAUGUGUAAGGUGAUGCCAGCAGAGUCUUGGACUUUUGAGUCUGAUAUUGCAGGAGAAACAGAAGGAGCCACUGUUGAAAAUAAAAAAGUAGCUAAAGAGAAUAUAGAAGAAAAUAAAAUUACAUACCAUUUACUGAGCUACUUUUUAAUAUUUAAAAUGGAGCCUAUCACAUUGGUGGAUACACAUUUACUAACUUGCUUUAAAGAUCUGGAAGAAAAAAAAGUUAAUCAGCCAUUGUGUUCUAUAGGAGAUGCUGCAGAGAUAGUCGCCACACCAUUUGGUAGCCAGAAUCCUUCUGUGUUUUUUAAUAGUUACAGUCGAGGCAUCAUCAGUAAUGUCCAAGGUUGUUGGAUUGUCACUGAUGCUCGAUGCAUCCCAGGUUCUGAAGGUGGGCCUCUGUUCAUAAUGAAACAAGAUGGAUCAAGAUAUUUAACAGGUAUGGUGGUAGCAUCUUUAUGUUGGAAGAACAAAGAGUGGGUUGGUUUUUCAUUAGCUUGUAGCUUAAAGAGCAUCCUCUCGCACUUAGUAAUGCAGACAUCCAAAAUGAACACGAAGUUGCAGAAGUUAGUUAAUGUCAAGGCCUUAGAUGAGAAAAUUAGUUCAAGUACACUCCUGAAAUACUCAGAUAGUCUACUGCCUGUUGCAGCCUGUACAGUUUUAGUCAGAGUUGGCGCUACAUGGGGAUCUGGUGUCGUUGUGAACAAAGCUCUUGGAAUCAUUCUGACCUGCUCCCAUGUGAUCAAAGACUCACAACAUCACAUAGUUUCUGUAAAAACUAUUCAAGACUCAACAGAAUAUAAAGCCCAAGUUCUUUAUAGUCAUAAAGACCAUCCUCACGGGCCUUUUGAUAUUGCAGUUCUUUUGUGCCCUGAGGCAACAUCAAGCAUUGUUGAUGUUGGAGUUCCACCUAUACGACCGCCAAAAUUAGGGGAGAGAGUAGUUGUGUCUGGACAUGCUUUGUUUAGUUCUGACCUUCAGCUACUGCCUUCAGUGACUUCAGGAGUCAUAUCCAAACUUAUAGAUAUCCAUGGGCACUUAUGCAUGGUUCAGACUACAUGUGCUGUGCAUGCUGGGACCAGUGGUGGCCCUUUGUUAAGUCAAAAUGGAGCUCUCCUAGGCAUUGUGGUAUGUAACACUGUUGACAAGGGAAGUAAUUCUAGUUAUCCUCAUCUCAACAUGAGCAUACCUGCUUACAGCUUGUUGCCUGCCCUUAAUAGCUACAUUGGAACACAAGAUCCUUCAGUGUUCUCAUCUUUUCUGAUCAAAGAUAAAGUGGUGAGAAAACUUUGGGCUUUGGAGAAUACCACAUUAGAAAAUUUCAGCCAAUGUAGUAAAAGCAAAUUGUGAAACCUACAAAAUGUGACAGAAAAAAGAAUAGAGCUAAUUCUAUCUCUGUUAAAUGGUGUGAACUUUUAACAGGAACGGACCAGGUUUGGUUUUCAUCAAUGAAGUCCACUUGAUAAUAAAGUUGGAAAGUGAAAGGCCUCUACAUUGAUCACUUACUGCAAUGAAGGCUACGGCACUGGACAAAUAAAAUGUCUUCUUCAGUUGCUCACAUUGAUCAGACUAUAACCUUAGUUGACUUGAUAAAACAUAUCUCUUUAAUCUCUUCAGAAUUAUGUUAAUGUCUCUUUGACAUGAAUGAUCAGAAUUGAGUUAACAAAACUCUUUGACUUGAAUGAUACUUCAGAACUGAAGCUGACAAAUCUCUUCAACAUGAAUGAUACUUCAGAACUGAAGCUGACAAAUUGCUGACAUGAAUGAUACUUCAGAACUGAAGCUGACAAAUCUCUUCAACAUGAAUGAUACUUCAGAACUGAAGCUGACAAAUUGCUGACAUGAAUGAUACUUCAUAACUGAAGACAUGAAUGAUACUUUAGAACUGAAGCUGAUUAAUCUCUUCAACAUGAAUGAUUUUUCAGAACUGAAGCUAACAAAUCUUCUCAACAUGAAUGAUACAGGUACUUCAGAACUGAAGCUGACAAACUGACAAAUCUCUUCAACAUGAAUGAUACUUCAGAAUUGAAGCUGACAAAUCUCCUCAACAUGAAUGAUACCAGUACUUCAGAACUGAAGCUGACAAAUCUCCUCAACAUGAAUGAUACCAGUACUUCAGAACUGAAGCUGACAAAUCUCCUCAACAUGAAUGAUACCAGUACUUCAGAACUGAAGCUGACAAAUCUCCUCAACAUGAAUGAUACUUCAGAACUGAAGCUGACAAAUCUCCUCAACAUGAAUGAUACUUCAGAACUGAAGCUGACAAAUCUCCUCAACAUGAAUGAUACCAGUACUUCAGAACUGAAGCUGACAAAUCUCUUCAACAUGAAUGAUACUUCAUAGCUGAAGGAGGGUGUAAUGUAACUGUGACAAGGCAAGUGAUUGUAAGGGAUUUUACAUAACACACACAGCUAGUGUGUACAAAUCAUACUGUGUCACAUCUCUCUUCUUUAAAAAGAAAAAUUAAAUUUAUCAGUGCGAACAAUGAAACAUUUCAAUCAAGUCAAAUACAUUUAGUCAAUCAUAAAUCCAGUCAUGUCAGCUGUGGCUUUAUGUCUAACAUAGUUGGUGAUCAUGUGAUUAUUUGGACUUUGUUGUCUGGUAGUUCCUAGGAGUCUAGAAAGUUGUAAGUGUUGUCAUAUCUAUUGGCUUUCUCAGUAAACAUUCUGAUGUGUUUAUUCUGCAGACCUGAUUUCCAUUCGUUAUAAUAUCUUGGCUAAGAAUGUUUGGAAACUACAAUCCUUGGUUUUCACUUACUAUCAAGUUGCAUUCUGAUUGCUGCUCUGUUUAGUGAAUGAUGAUUCUUAAAUCCUUUCCUCUUGUAAUACUGGCCCUCUGAAUCAAAGUGUUUCUUCACAACCAUAGGUUUAGUUUUGUCCUCACUUCACUGUAAUUGAUUUCUGCAUAGACUUUCCAAUGAGUAGUUGUGCUGGUGUGACCUAAUAGUGGGUCUUAAGAUCUGUUACUUUAUGGUCUCUAAUUAUAUUUCCAAUGCCACAAAUCCUAGCCCCUAGGUAUAUGAUUUAAUUAUGAAGACAAAUGAUGGACAUCACCGAGUCCCAUGUAAACAAAACUACAAAGGAUUUUAAUUACAAAAAAAAAAAAAAGAAAAUUAAAAAAAAAAAAGAAUCCA